AUGGUUCAAACCAGUGCGACUUCAACAGGAUCGAUCGAGGUCAACAAUAACCACAAUGACAAUACCGACACCGCAUCUCAGCAUCAGUCUAGCAGUAGCAAUGCAAAUCAAGACAAUAUGAUUUCUGCUUGGAAUCGAGCAAUUCGUUUUCCCAAUGCAGCCCAACCUGAAAUCAUUAGAGCCGAUCAAAAAGAUGCCUACUUUAUUUCCACAUUACAAGAUAUGCUAGAGUCAUCCAUACGUGGUAUCGUGGGUGCACGUUGGCUUACAUCUCACUCAAAUGGCAUCCGAGAUGCUGUUCACUUGUUCUAUUAUAUCCUUACCACACUGAAAGCAUCACAAACCUUAGGUGAAGAGUAUUGUGGGAUAUUGCAAGUAGACGCAGCAACAGGCAGGUUUCCAUCUUGGAAGCGACGUGCACUUUUCAUUUUGACAAAUAUUUAUUCGACUAAAUUAUUGAGCGCUUUUUACGCACGGAUUCGAUCACGGUUGACCUCUGUUGAUGGUCAAGAAUCUGAUUUGUUGGAGGAUACAACUUUGAGCGAACGCGAACCUCAAUCUUCUUACGAUCGGCUUAAAAGGUUUCUCUUGCCUUGGACCUCGUGGCUUCCCAACACUUUAGAUCUUAGAACCUACCAUACCAUCAGCUCACUUCACCUGGCCAUUUUUUAUCUCACUGGUCGAUAUUUUCAUUUAUCAAAUCGUCUCACUGGGAUUCGAUAUGUACGCCGAGAUCAAAACGGGAAUCGAGUUCAACCACCGUCUUACGAGUUUCUGGGACUUCUGAUCGUUAUUCAACUCAUCGUCAAAUCAAGUGUCUUAUUCAAAAACGCUCAAAGAAGAAGGCAAGCAGAAUUAUCGAUCAAAGAGACUGUCUCAAAUGAAAAAGACAAGCAAAUUGCAACUGAGCCUUCUAAUCGACCUCCAACUGUUGAUGGUAUCCCAAUCAAUGAUAUCUUGUUUGAGCCGGACGAUGACGAUGAUCAAGAAAAGUCCGAUUCAAAGUCAACAGAAGUCUUUGUGGAAGGCGUCGAGAUGAAUCCGAAUCGAGAUGAGUCAUCCACAUCAAGUCGUUGUACACUUUGUCUUGGGCCUAGACUCGAUCAAAGUAGUUUGGAAUGCGGUCACGUAUUUUGCUGGAGAUGUAUUCUAGGAUGGGUUCGAGAGAAAUUUCCACAUGAGCUUGUUCAUGUACCUCAUGGACUGGGUGAAGGUAGUAGUGGGGAUUUUCGACUUCAAGUCCUCGAAGAUCAAGCAUCUUCACAGAACGUGACUGGAGCACCAGAAUCCAACGCUUCUUUGUAUUUAGAGACAGAAGAGUACAAGGAUGAGUUCACGAGCCUUGCACUGGAUAAUCCAUUUCAUGUAGACACACAAGCGGUAACCGCUAGAUGA